AUGUCGCAAACAAACCAGGAGAAUUCCCUAGCUGACAAUUCUCCGCCGGAAGGUAGUCAUGAUGCUCCAUCCAGCAACUCAGAUGCUCCCAGCAAGCCACGCAAAGCUCUUCUUCGCGGCUUUAUUACUCUGUCCGAGGCCGAAGAUGAAGAGGAUGAUAUGAGGAUAAGAUUACAAUACGCGGAAAAGCGAGGGGAAUUUUAUAACGAAAUGAAGAAGAAAGAGGAAGAAAUUCAAAGUGUUGUAGCUUCUCAUUGCGGGUUGACAAGCCCUGAUUUGGUUCAUAUACCGGACAUGUUCGACGAGAAAAGGAUAUCAUGGAUACAUGGGAGCUUCAACAUCUGCAUUCCAGUAUCCAUCACGCAGUCAGGGAUAUGCCCUCCAACUAGGAUGGCAUUCAGGGUUCCUUUGCCGUACAAGGCGAAAACUGUCCAGAUGUUCCAAUUCCUACGCUGCGCGGAUUCGGGGUUCCUAGUGGACUUAGUAGAAUUGGAACAUUCCAAGCGGGAUACAACUUAUACAAGUGCUGAUACGUUCUACUUGGAUCUACUCUACUUGGAUCUACUCGCUAGCCAUGACAAUCGUCUACGCUAUCAAGGAAAUGCAGUCUUCGGUGAAGAUGACCCACGUCGUCAAGCUGUAGAUCUAGUACUUACGCGAGCGAGUCUUGCUCACUUCACUGAUCGAUCUCUUCGUGAUGGACCAUUCGUGAUGUACCUGACGGAUAUGCAUCCCAGCAAUAUCUUUGUCGAUAAAGACUGGAAUAUUAAGCAUAUCAUAGAUCUAGAAUGCGCAUGUUCAUUACCGCUUGAGCAUUUAUUGGCUCCAUUUUGGCUUACAGGCAAGGGGGUCGACCAACUCACCGGGCCAGAGUACAAGCGGUUCGAGAAGCGCUACAGGAAACUCACCAAUGCUAUCAGGCAUGAAGAGACCAAUGUGCCGCUUUGCUAUAAGAACAGAAUGUACUCUCUGGCCGCAACUAUGGAUCGCGCUUGGGAGCAGCGUCAUUACUGGUACUUGCUCGUCUUAAGACCUCCCACGGGUUUAUUUAACAUUUUUAGAGAACAACUGCAGCCGCUAUAUGAAGAAGCGCCUGACGGGCCAUCCUUGAGUGCAGCUGUGUCUCCAUUCUGGACCCCAGGCAUGGGUUCAUUCGUGAGAUCAAAAUUGGAAGAUUUGGCUCAGUAUCUCAAGGAAGUACGAGAGAUUUUUAAUAGUGACAAGAGCGGGAAGGUUUACAUGCGAUAG